ACUUGGAGUGGAAAAUUAUCUAUGUGGGCUCUGCAGAAAGUGAAGAAUAUGAUCAAGUUUUAGACUCUGUUUUAGUGGGCCCUGUUCCUGCAGGAAGGCAUAUGUUUGUAUUUCAGGCGGACGCACCCAACCCAGGACUCAUUCCAGAUGCAGAUGCAGUUGGCGUCACUGUGGUGCUAAUUACUUGCACCUAUCGAGGUCAAGAAUUUAUUAGAGUUGGCUAUUAUGUAAAUAAUGAAUAUACUGAGAUGGAUUUAAGGGAAAAUCCGCCAGUAAAACCAGACUUUUCUAAGCUUCAAAGGAACAUUUUGGCAUCUAAUCCCAGGGUUACAAGAUUUCACAUUAACUGGGAAGAUAACACAGAAAAACUGGAAGAUGCAGAGAGCAGUAAUCCAAAUCUACAGUCACUUCUGUCAACAGAUGCUUUACCUUCAGCGUCAAAGGGGUGGUCCACAUCAGAAAACUCACUGAACGUCAUGUUAGAAUCCCACAUGGACUGCAUGUGACCACCUGCCAUCCCUUUAGUACAAAUUAAGCUAUUAAAAACAGAACUAUUUCCCUGAAAUUCCCUAAGUACAUAGUCAAGACACAAUGUGAAGAAUUUCAUCCUGUAGAAAGUUUGUAAGAAAACCAGUAUUUCAGCAAAUUGUGGAAUAUAAAUACAACUAUUUUUAAGUAAUUUUUUUCUCUAAUGCGUUAUUUUAUUUGUUCUGAAACUAAUCUGAUUAAAGCAUAUAUAUUAUUUUCUUCUCCUUUAUAUGUAAUUAAAGCACUUAAAAAAUAACGAAUCUUUCGACUAGAUUGUAAAGCUAUUUUAGCCUUGUAGACAGUAAUCUUUGGACCACUGUUUUAAUGGUUUGAACAAAGUUCACUUCUACUAAAAGGCUUCUUCCUGUGAAAA